GUUUCUUUUCCGGUUUGCUGCUGUUUGUUUGGAGUUUCUAACUUGACUCUAGAAGAAGGUGUCCAUGAUGACAACUUAAAAACACUAUCAGGAACACCCAGACCACCUGCGGAACCAAAAUGUUUCUGGACCGGGUCUCGUGUUGGUUCUGGAGCGGUUCGGCGGGCAGACGUCCUCCGUGUAGCCGGUUAGCAUGAAGCCAGGUGACGAUGGGCCCGGAGAGGCGUGUUAGCUAACCCCGCUACCAGAGCUGCUUCAUCGGUCAGCCCGCUCCGCCAGGACCGGGGAGGUCCAUCCGAACCGCGGGCACCUGACGGUGAUGGACCGGUCCCCUCAGGACCCCCUCCUCGUGGCCAUGGACUUGUCAAAGACCUACAGUCCUCGGUCCUGCAGCCACCCAGAGUCCAUGGACCUGUCCAAGAAGCCUGAGUGGUACCACCGCCGUCCCCCCAGCUGCAGUCCAGAUGUGUCCUCCAGCUUCAGGUCCAGAUCUUCAGGGUCCUACAGCUCGCCGGCGGCCCCCRUCCACUGCAGGGACGUGGACCAGAGACAGGAGUCUCUGGGGAGCUACAUGAGUUCCAGCCUGGCCCCAGGACUGGACCUGUUCCACGAGCGGGUCCACGGGGGACUGUGGCACUCCGGUUUCUGUGGGACGGACCAGAGCGGCAGCCCCCCCCCUGAGAGCAGCGGUGGGGAGGACAGCGACAGCGGCUCUGACGUCAUCUUCCUGGUGUCCUCGUCCAAGGAGCCGCUCCUGUGCGGGUCCUUCCUCCAGGACGGUGUGGGACACCUGGAGCCUCUGUCCCCCGCCGUGUCCUCGCUGGACGAGGACAGGGGGGGGUGUUACCUGCUGCCUCAGCCCCUCAGCUCUCCCAGUCCAGACAGCUCGUACUCAGAGGAGUCCUCGGACAGCUCCGUGGACAUCCCCGUGCACCACACCAGACCCGUGGUCCUCCUGUCAGACCUGAAGGCGGUCUACGGGAACGUGGUCCAGUCCGAGGUGGAUGUCUCGAGCGAGGACAGCGACGUGGUGGAGGUCUCUGUCCCAGACCCCAGUCCUCCUCGGAGCGAGACACAAAAGUCCUCCCUGAAACCAGUCCGUCACAGUUCCAGGAGAAGGUCCGCUCCAGAACCGACCCGGCUGUCCUGCGAGACCACCCGGCGCCACCUGAAGAGACGCGUGAAGAACGAGGCGGUGGGCAUCUACAACGAGAACUGUGACUCGGACCACCUGAUGGARCUGGCUGAGAGGUUCUCCAGCUCCGAGGAGUCCGCCUCUCACCCCGUCCCACCACAGACCCGCAGGACCGCUUCAGACCAGUCGGACCUGGAGGUUCGGACCAACAGGAAGUCUCCUGUGAGGGACCAGAAGUCCUCCAGGACCACUCGCCACAAACAGAAGAAGAAGAAGGCCCUCGCAGCUCCUUCCACUAAACCCCUCAGCAGAACCAAGCAGAACUGGGUUCACAGAACCGGGCCGCAGCAGAAACCUAAAGCUGUGAGACGCAGGAGGAGGAAGCUCCGGACCACCGGACCCCCGGCUCUGUUUCCUCCAACAGAACCAGAGAUUCUGCUGAAAUACCUGAAGACUAAAGAGCAGAGGAAGGACAGGAGAGCGGACGGGUUCUGUCCGUUUGUCCACAUGGACCAGCGGGCCUGCAGGGUGGUCAACUAUCAGGACCAGGAGUCCACCGUCCAGAACAGCCGGGGUCCAAAGACCCAGACUCUGUCCGGCUUUGUCCCCUGCACGUCCUGCUUCCAGCUGGGUCGGCCCGGUUCUGAUGCCAGCUGUCAGGCUGAGCUGCGGUGCUGUCUCUGUGGACGGACGGCUAACGUCCUGGGCCUGGGGGACCUCUACGGACCCUACUGUCCCACCACAGGGACACGUGUGAAGGGUCAGACCUGCAGAACUGAACCAGAUGAGGACUCUCACAGACCGUCUAACGGCUGUUUGCAGAACUCUGAAGAAGACGGUGGCGCUGAGAAGACGGUCUUUGGGACAGACGGACUCUGUCUCCCUGAGGACCCUCCUCUUCUGGACGAGUGCUGGAUCCACGAGGACUGCAGCAUCUGGGCCACCGGGGUCUUCCUGGUCCGAGGAAAGCUGUACGGGUUGGAGGAGGCGGCCCGGCUCGCACAGGAAACGAUGUGUUCCAACUGCCACCAGAAGGGGGCGAUAAUGGGCUGCUUCCAGAAGGGCUGCUGCAGGAGCUACCAUUCCAGCUGCGCCGCCCAGUCCG